AAGCAGCAGUUGGUAGGCCUACGUCCAGGGGGCAGCAGAAGCGGUCUGAUUGACAAAAAAGGAGGACGACAUCUAUAAUAAUGUACGUGCUGAUUGAAUGGGUGGAGGACCCCCCAUCGUGGGAUGUGGUGCCGCUUAAUAAAAUUUUAAACGGAAUCUGCGAGGUGGGCUACGUCUGCGACGUGCAGUAUCAAGAAGAAUCAAGCCCGGCAAAGGUCCUCCAGAAAGGGAGUCGAGUUAAAUUAAUGAAGGUGUUGGUGGAGAUGGAGAGGCGCAGAAACGCUGGAAACGCCGUUCCGGAGUCUGACCGUGGCAGAGGAUGCCGAGACAAACGCCCCCCGGCUCAGUAUUCACCAGCCAGCAGUGAGGAUGACGAGGUGGAAAGCAUCCCCCCCCCAAAAAAGAAAAAAAAAAAUCUCUCAAAGGCACGGUCUCUGCAAUUUCUGCACGAAUACAGUCAAGGCCAAGAACUCUCCGGAGAUAUGAGUCCAGCAUCUCCCCAGAGUCCAGCAUCUCCCCAGAGUCCAGCGCCUCCCCAGAGUUCCGAUAAUAUCCUUCAGCUGAAGGACCAGCUAAACGAGCAGAGGGAGUUAUUGGUGCAGAUGAUGGCAAAAAUUGACAACUUGGAACGCAUUGUGAGAGAGAACAUCCAGCUGCAAGCAUCCUCACCACCAUCAAGAGGGUCAGCCCCAUCACCCAUUCCACCACCACCACCACCACCAACACCACCACCACCACCACCACCAACAACAACAACAACAACAAACCCUACCAGCACCAAUGCCACCACAUCACCAUCCCUGGUGCAGAUAGGCCCAGCCACACAAAUAACAGCCAGCCAGUAUGCCCACAUUAAGUGGAAUGACCCACGGAAGGCAACAAAAGAUCUGAUGCUGGCAGCUUUCGGGAGACAGGUCCUUGCCACGCAUUCCUACACGGGCAAAUCGUCCAAUGCUUUUCCGGGACGGGACCCAAAGCCACAACUAAAUUCAGCAGUAACGGCAGACAUUAUUAACUACAUCACAACCAAAUUUGGAGCAGAGGUCCAAGCAGUGAAGCAAGCAAUGGCCCAGAAGUGUUCAGACGAGGCAAAAAUGGCCAGACGCCGUUCCACAUAACACACACACACACACACACACACACACACACACACACACACACAC